AUGAACACGGCCGCCUUUGGAACAGACAGCGACUCGCUGAUCCAUCUCGUCAUCGUCGGUAGCGGAUGGGCAGGGUACACGCUCUCGGCAGAGCUCGACUAUUCCAAGUACAAGGUCACCGUCAUCUCGCCAGACCCCAUCACCACCUAUACGCCUCUGCUCGCUAGCGCUCUGUGCGGACUGUUCGGCUUCAAAGUCGCCGAAGAGCCCGUUCGACGAAGAUCUCGACCCGUCUCGCUGUACCAGGCUGUGGUGGACAGUGUCGAUUUCGGUUCGAAGACGGUACACUGCACGUCGAAGAUCAACUCGUUCGAGCCAGAGCGCAUCGAGGUGUCGUACGACCAGAUUGUGUUGUGUCAAGGCUGCAAGGGCAACGACUUUGGCAUCCCCGGCGUCGGCGAGCACUCGUUCGCAGUGCGCAACACUAAAGAUGCAUCAGCGCUUCGAAACAAAAUCAGCGACAUACUCGAAAAGGCCAACCUGCCGACCACCACACCGGAGCGACGACGAGAGCUGCUUCAUUUCGCCAUCGUAGGCGGCGGCCCAACAGGCGUUGAGCUCGCCGCUGAAUUGUUCGACACCAUGCACCAGGAUAUCGCCAAGAUGUUCCCGCACCUCGAGGAGUACUUCAACAUCGCGAUCUACGACGUCGCGAGCAACAUUCUCAGCAACUUCGAGGAGGAUCUGUCGACCUAUGCACUCGAAUCCUUCCGCAGGAGAGGCGUCAAGGUCCAUACGAGCACGCAUAUUACCGAGGUGCGCGAUGGCAGCAUGACCACGAAGGAGAAGGGCGAGAUCAAGUUUGGCAUCCUGAUCUGGGCGACGGGCAAUGCCAACGUGCCGCUGACGGAGAAGCUCAACUGCCGCAAGUCGAAAGAAGGUCUUGUCCGCCUACUGACCGACGACCAGCUGCGACUUCACUACACCAAUGGUCGCAUCAUCAGAGACGCUUUUGCUAUCGGAGACGCUGCCGACAUUGAAUCUCUCUCAUUACCCACCACCGCCGAAGUCGCCGUCCAAAAGGCCAAAUGGCUCGCCAAGAACCUCUCGGCCAAUGGCGAGGGGACGCCGUUCAAGUUCCACGAGAAGCGCAUGGUCGCAUACUUGGGUGCUAGCGCCGGUGUAUGGCAGAACGACAAGGUCAAGCUGAGGGGCAGGCUCGCAUGGUUGAGUUGGCGAUCAACCAGCUUGAGCUGGACGCACGACUGGAGGAAGAAGAUCUUGAUCCUGGUCAACUGGACGCUCAACUACUUCUAUGGAAAGGAGAUCGCGCGCAUUUGA